AUGUCGUUUAAAAUAAAUCAGGUGGAUCAGGAUCACAUAGAUAGGAAGCUUCAAAAGGACUCAAAGUCCAAAAAGUUUCCUAAGAUUUUUAAGACCAAAGUUAACGUGAGCAAAGUAAACAUGAAGGUGAUCAAGAAUUGGAUUAGCGAAGAGAUAGAUAGUAUACUAAAGGACGAUGAUAUUGUAGUAGAUUAUUUAUAUGAACUUUUAAUUGUAGAGGAAGAGCCCAAUAUCAAACAGAUUCAUCUUCAAAUGAUCGAUUUCUUGGGAGAAGAAGAAGCGCUAAAGUUCUGUUCCAAGCUUUGGGGGUUGUUAAUUAGUGGCUCUCAGGAUGAGGACGGUAUACCGAAAGAAUUGAUUGAAGAAAAAAGGAAGCAAAUGAUGAAAGGGAGAGGCAGAGAUAGAGAAAUAGAGAAGGGAAGGAAUCUUCCUGUAGAAAAAGCUGUCACUCCAGCAGUAGUAGCACCAACCAAGACAAAUUACAAUAGGAGCCUGUAUAAUGCUAGCAAUAGGACGAAGAGCCCUGAAAGGCGAAGAGGUGUGACUAACUAUAGGGAAAGAGAUUACAGAGAAAACUUUUAG